UAGAUAUCAUAUAAGACUGAAAUGAUAUGAAGAAAAUAACACGUGCAACGAACGUGCUAUAACACUAGUCAAACAUGAAUGCGGCCGGUGGAGGGAUGGCGUGGGAGGUUUAGGGUUUUCUAGGUGUAGUUGAGGUUUUGGGUCUAGGGAUGAGCUUGGGCCCUUGUUUUGGUCCAUUCUCUGAUUUUAGGUGUUUGGGCUUUGACCAAUUUGGAUGUAGCCAACCCUUGGUUAUCCCCUCCUUCAACAUUUUUUCAAUAAAAUGUUUUCCUUUGCCCAAAAAUAAAAAAAAAUAAAAAAAAUAAAAAAACUUGUCAAACAGAAAAGUCUAGAGGAAACUCUUGUCAUUCUGCAACCCCUGUGUGCGGACAACAAUGAUCAUCUUGGACAGUUGUAAGUUGUCCAUUAAAUUGAAAUAUUCUCGAAGAUAAGAAAACGACUACACAUUCGGGGAGAAGUUCAAUGGAACACGGAAUGUUGACUGAGAAUAAUGAAUGAAUACAGGGAAAUAAGUCUCGAAAUUCCUUGUUUUGUUUGUUUCUUGGUUAGUUUGAAAUUUCAUAGUCAAAGACAAGAAGUUUACAGCGCACAAUGUUUGAAUCAUGUAAAGGUCUUAUUAUGAACACGUAAACAACAGGCAACUCCAGUACAUGUCUAUGUUAUAUAUAUACACAAGUUCAUCAACACACUUUUGUCCACAACUCCAGGCAACAAUUGCGCGCGUUGGUGAUCGAUCGAUAUGAUUUCGAUUGGAUCUAACAACGAGUCGAGAGUCGAAGCCUCCGACAGCCCCACACCCAUGUCGUCGUCAGCAGAAAAAGUCAUUGUCAACUGUGACAUAUUUACCGAAAUCCUGAUCCGUCUACCGGUAAAAUCUCUCUUCCGCUUCAAAUCCGUCUCGAAAAACUGGAAUUAUCACGCUUUCGAUUUUCAACAUAAAUAACAAUACCAUUUUAAAUACAAAUCCUCACAAUAGUACAUACAAUACCCCCAAAAUACAUUACAGUUUCCAAAUCCACAAGUCUGUCCAACCGAUACAGUAUUCCAAAAAUAGAGAAAACAAUACAAUGCAAUUUGUUUUACGAAGUUAGACAAGUACUUCCAAAAAUAACUUAGGUCUGUGAUGUCUGCAUGCAAUCCAUACUCUCCAUGACUGCGCCCUUGUGAUGUACCUGAAAAUGAUAGGUUGAGUUAUACUAGCCCAGUAGAGAAAUCUAUAUGCAAGUUAUAAGAAAAUAUAAUGAGUCAUGCACCUAAAGUGGAUGAAUACAACGAGAUACCACAAAGAAACAUGAGACUUCCACCACGAACGAGCAUACUACAACCAGUAGACCAUGAAUGAAUAUGGGUAUUCCUAAGAGCUCAUACGCCAAACUAGAAGCAUAAACCAACUCGAAUUAUCCUAAUUAGACCACAAUUUGUCCACACCUGUUAGUUGUCCAUUGCUACACAAAUACUCCAUUCUGCCUCUAUCUACACGUAUAUGCAAUGAUCACGUGCCAACAGUAAUAUGUGAACAACGAUAUAUAUGUACAACGAUAUAUAUGUACAACGAAUCCCAAGAUGUUAAUGACAACGAGUAUACCUCUCGGCAAAAUAGUACGAACAUUCACUAAAUUCCCUUUUUUGAACAUAAUCAAUUCGUCUUGUAUUUCUCAAGCAUUAACCAUUUUCCGUUUCAAUACAAUUCUGGGCAUUUGGGACUCCAUGCGUCCACUAAAAACCUUUCAUUCUUGUCCGGGCGUUUGGGAUCCCGUGCGUCCACUAGAAACCUUUCAUUCUUGUCCGGGCGUUUGGGACCCCGUGCGUCCCAUGUUCAUUCCGGCAUCGCACCAUCCGGUGGAUUCAUGGCUUUCUUCAUAUUCGUCGUAUCGUUCUAUUUCUUGUUUCACAUUUCAUAUUCUUGAAUGACCUCUUUCUCAACUUAUAACCAAUCUAUAUCAUCCAUACAAUAUGCCACAUGAUCUCAUUAUAUCCACUUACCAAUUGAUCAUUAACGUUUCAAAGCACUCCGAAACAAUCAACUAUAUCAUAGCAUCAACUAGUAGAUAAGUAUACUCAUUUCCCCUAUAUAUAUCACCGGCCACAUCCUUCACAACAUACUGAACUCAUAAGUAACUUUACGACAUACUAACCAUUAGCCUCUAUACUAGAAUCUUAUAAAACGAGAGCCCAAGAAGUUUAGGAAGAUCAACGAGAUGAAUCACAAGGAUAUGAGUUACAAUGGUACAUUUCGGAUCACUAGCCAGACUCACGAUUGCCCAUCAUACUCACCACAAUGCCUCGUAUAACCUAUAGUACACCUAAACAUCCUUACGGUACAUUUUUUCAUUUACAACGGUGCUAAGAUUACGCUUAACAAGUAUCGAGGGAUUGAAAUGAUCAAUGAAUCAUUGGAACCCAAAGUAAUCAAGUUUAGGGAUGGUUUAACAAUGUUUAGAGUGUGUUAGAAGUAGUCGGGAGUCAAUACAAUCGGAGGGAAUUCAACAUCCUCAAAACUAUUUUCUGACCACUAGGUACCGAUACCAUAAAACAUAGGUAUCGGUACCAAACCAAUCCAGAGAGCAAUUAGAAAUCAAGGUACCGGUACCUCAAAAAGUAGGUACCGGUACCAAUGCAUUACACCAGGCGAUUUUGCAAAAAAUUGAGAAUGAGCACGAAGUCAAAAUCCAACGAACUAAAGCACGAUUUAGGGACAUAACCAUCACAUAAACUCAUAACAAGAGUAAGAAAUACCUACCUCAAGUCAAGGAUCGAAACCCACACGAUUUGAGCAAGUCCUAGCUCUCCAAACUUCGAAAUCAACCGAAUACUCCUCCUCCGAGCGAAACCCACGAAAUUCAAGCUCAAGACUACGGUUGAGGGGUGGAAUGGAGGUGGAUCUUAGUGGUGUUUUGGUGGAAUUUUGGGCGAGAGAGCAAGGGAGUGAGAGAGAGAGCCGAGAGAGAGAUCGGGAGAUGAGAGAGAGAGAGGAUUGGGGAAUUUUUCUCCCAUACACACACACCCACACCCACACAUAUAUAUACUCACACAAUCACAAAUUGCAUAUAUACCCCUCUACAAACAACCUUCCCACAUUGACCCCAAAUCAAAUAUUCAAUAAAUCCCUUAUUUAUUCCAUAUUCUAAUAUUAUAAAACCUUUAAACGAUUUUCCAAAAAUAUGGGUCUCAAUAGGAACUCUUUGAUUUCCAGUCCCCACGUCGCUCGCCUCUGGAACCCUAACCUUUGUUUUGUUUUUGGCCUAUUCUUGCACUCUACCAAACAUGGUACUUGUAUGUUCCGCUGGAGCGAGCGUACAAAGCACCUCAACCUUGGACUCAAAUUCAUCCCUCUCAAGAAUGGGAAAGUCCCAGCUCAUGAACCUAAUGAUCAUGAUGCCUCCAUCAAAUCUCUCACGCGUUUUCCGAAUCUCUCCGAUGUUAUAGUCUUAAAUUCAUGUCAUGGACUCUUAUUCUGUUUAGGCUAUAACGAGGUUGAGGGUAAAGGCAGACAUCAUAUCCUUAAUCCUACCACCAAACAAUUCAAAACACUUCCCCAGCCCCAUCAAGAUGGCCUUGAAGAUCUAUGCUUAGCUUACGACCCAUCAGAAUCACCUCGCUACAAAGUCAUCGGCCUUUGGAGAUCGGUUUCUAUUUUGCAGCGGGAGACCUACUACCAUAUCGAGAUAUAUUCGUUUGAUACCGGCUCUUGGCGGCCUUCCGGGGAUUCUUACAUGGUUGACGAGGUUGAUUUCCCUGAGACCUUAUUUCAUGGUGGGCUUUACUGGAACGGUGCGGUUAACUGGUUGAAUUUGGGGCUUAGGGAUUCGUUGUACUUCCACAUUGACCAAGAACGGCUUGGGACCAUACCGAUGCCUCCUGCUCCUCACGGGAAGUGGUGGUAUGACAGAGCAUACAUGUAUUCCGGGAAGUCCCGCGGCCAUUUGCACCACUCUGAGAUGUACAAUCAAACAACCCGGCUAACGGUUUAUGAGAUGGAGAGAGACUACUCCGGGUGGUUCAUGAAGUACAACGUUGAUAUAGCCGCGGUUGGAUUCGCGUUUCCUGAACUGGUGCAGAUUCCUAAUAACUGGUACAUCGGUUGUAGUGUUUUUGAUAUUAUACGCGAAGAAAGUGACGAGGAAUCGUAUAUGGUGAUUUCCGUAGGUGGAAAGUUUGUCGAAUACAGACUUGUUGACGGGAGUUUCAAAACCAUAUAUGAUGCUUCAUAGCACAAUGAUGGCAACGAUCCUUUGCUAUACUACCACUAGUGUAAUUCUCAUGAAUACAUCGAGUCUCCCUCUUGUAUUUGACAAGGGUGUUUUUUUUAACAACCAUUAAUUUACUGGUUUCGUUAUUACCCUCGUGUUUUGAAAUCUUAAGUAACUUUUGUUGAAAUAUUGUGAUUUGUGAGUCUGUGUCUUAAUUUCUAACAUGACGUUAAGAUGACUCAGCUACCAUUGUAUUGAACUGGAUCUGCUGUAUAAAAAGUUCAUUU